AUGGUCUCGACCUCGCUCCGCCUCAUCGUCUUCCUCGCAAUCACGGACAGGUUUCGAGCCAUAACUGUGUGGGUCAAGAGACAAUAUCAUAAUUCUUGCGACACCUACACACCUUUGGCUUCAUGUGAGGCGGCUCCGAUUGUCUCUUCACCUCCUACUCCAUCUCUGUGGUUCACGGUUCGAAUCCUGUUGCUAAGGCCGAUGAAGCGAAGUCUCAUGUGUGAAGCCUUGAAAGUAGGUCUCACAUUCACGGCUUCGUGUGGAGACUUGCUGAAAGAAGGAGGCGUUUAA